AUGCCUAGCACCGAGUCUCUUCAACCUCUCACACACGAGGAACCCCCCCUGCCUCCUCCUUCCAGCCGGACCAUUUUCAUAGCGGACAAUUGGCCUCCCUUUGUCGGUGCCGCUGUCGUCGCCCAGAUCGCCCACUAUCGGCACCUCGGACGCCAACGCACGACGACGCCAAACCUGAGGAAUGCGCGCUUUUGGGCCCUAGCCGGAGGUGGAUGGAUGAUCACGUACCUGGGCAUUGUCACUUCGAUUGCCGUCGCGCAGGCCAAGGUGAAUCACUACCGAGAUCCCAGGACACGGGGCCUCUACUCUUGA